AAGAAGGAUGCCACAAUUCAAAUCACUUUAUCAGCACAGAAAGCGAGGCUUCUCUUUCUUUUUCUAUCAUUAUAGUUACCAACUUCUUGAGACUUUUUGUCUCAAUCUCUUUCUCACACUAUCCUUGAACUCCUCAAACUCAAUAUAACAAUACACAGACACUAGAACACAAGUAUAGUAAACAAAAAGGAAGAUGGAAUUUGAUCUGGAAGACCCUCUAGCUAACUUCAAAGAACAACAAAACUAUACUAUAUCAGAACUCUUUGCCUCAGAAACUAACCAUAUGCCCUCACCAAACUGCUUUAAUUCAACACAUUGUGAAGCCAUUUCUCUCAUUUUUCAGGUUCAGCUUUCUUGCAAUUUGGAACCAUUUGUAGCUUAUCUUGCUAUAAAUUACUUCAACCGUUUCAUGUCAAGGCAAGAAAUUCCACAGGGGAAACCAUGGUUAAUUAGGCUCAUUGUCACAUCAUGUCUUUCUCUUGCUUCAAAAAUGAACAGCACACAUUUAUCAUUUUCCAACUUGCAGAGAGAGGGUUGCAAGUUUGAUGGUGAAAGUAUUCAGAAAAUGGAACUAGUUAUUCUGGGAGCUCUGGAUUGGCGUAUGAGGUCAAUUACACCUUUUCCUUUCUUGCAUUUCUUCAUCUCUUUAGCUGAAAUCAAAGACCAAUCACUUAAAGAGAGAGCUUCAGAGAUAAUCUUCAAUGCUCAUAAUGAGAUUAAGCUUUUAGAGUAUAAACCCUCAACUGUUGCAGCAGCUUCCCUUAUCUAUGCAUCUUAUGAAUUAUUCCCACAGCAAUAUUCUAUUAUGAGAGAUACAAUUACAGCUUGUAAGCAUAUAGACCAGGAGACAUUGGAAAAGUGCGUUGAUUUGAUGCAAGAGAUGGAGAGAAAUGAAGUAAAAGGGUUAAUGAAAGAUAGAAGGUUCUUAAGCAAUGAAACAAGCACUAAACGGCAAAGAAUCUGAUGAGCUGAGGGAAACUAUAUGUUUCAAACUCAAACCCAUCAAAGAAGCCCACAAUCAUAAGGCCUUCAUUUCGAAUAUGGACUUGAGAUAUCCAUAAUCACACCCAAGUGUGAUUUGUCAUAAGUUUUUUAAUACAAACGGAGUAUGGCAUCAAAUGAAAUUUAGAAAAAUAAGAAGAAAAGAAACCACAUAUGGAGAGGGAUUGGAAUGGAAAUUGUACUCUGGGGUUUAUUAUAUGAUCAAUAAUAAGUAAAUUUUUAUGUUAAAUC